AUGUUGGGCUCAAGAGUCAAAUAUCGAUAUAUCUGGCUGGCUACCGCCGCGCUCCUAAUUUCUAUCGUUUUGUUCCUAUGGAGCAGCCAUUCAAGUUUCCCGGGCUCCUGGGUCAGGCUACCCAGCAGCGACAGUGCCUGGAUCUAUAAAGACCCAGGUGCCGAAGACAAAGCCGUUAUUCUUGCCAAGAUCAAAGCCGAAGAUGUCAGUUGGGUGGUGAACGAGCUUCCAGAUUGGCAGCACGCUAUCUACUACAUGGACGAUCCGACGGAAGGAACUCUGCAUCCACCGAGAAACAAAGGUCGCGAGGCUAUGGCGUAUCUCAGCUUCCUGAUCGACCACUACCAUAACCUCCCUUUGUCCAUGGUUUUUGUACAUCCGCAUCUCGAGGGUUGGCCGUCGGCCUGGCAUACGGACAAUGAGGGUUACAACAACGUCAAGUCUAUCCAGUCCCUAAGGCUCGAUUAUCUGCAAGAACAAGGAUACGUAAACAUGCGAUGCAUUCACAAUCCAGGCUGUCCUGCCGAAAUCCAAGUCGUGCGAGACAAAGAGGACCACACCGCUGAGCAUGCAAUGCGAGACGCCUGGCCUUACAUGUUCGGAGGCAACCAAUCGACCAUUCCAGAUACAAUCGCCCAGCCAUGUUGCUCACAAUUCGCCGUCUCAAGAGCUCAAGUGUUGAAGCGCAACAAGGAAGAUUAUCAACGUUACCGUCAAUGGCUGCUCGACACUCCGGUAGAUGACGCAACAAGUGGCCGAGUAUUGGAGUAUCUCUGGCAUGUCAUUUUUGGCCGAGACGCUGUGUAUUGUCCACCCUUGCAAGAGUGUUGGUGUGAGCAAUUCGGACGUUGUUGA